GUAAAUUUGAUGACGCAAAUUUCGCGGUCACGCACUCGUCCAACUACUUGCGCGUCGCAGACCAGUAUUCCCGACCCAUACACUCUCUGAACAGGAACCAACUCCAUUGCUAAAAUGUCUCUCCGCAUUGUACCUGCAACCACUCCCGAUAGCACGAUCAGCAAAUCAACACAAGAAACCUCCCACUCAGAGUUCGGUGGUCAUGACACUUUACGACAUGGUAUUCGCUCAAUUGCAACAGAAGUUUUGCCCAGCCAUCCCUUGGAAAGCCACCUUGCCCAGUGGAAGGAAACUCAAGAUAACCUCAAUUUGCAACUUGCACGCCAAGUUUACGGCAUGCACGCUCCUAUUCGUAUGAUGAUGAACCGACAGAUCGCCACAGAGCACAUGCGUAAUUCUCUUCUUUCUGAGAACUCGUUAGCUCUGGAUGUUUUGACUGGCAACGAUGAAACUAUUGACUUUGACGAUAUCCUUAGAGAUCGAUCAAGCAUGCCAGACUUGCUUGAUAACCACUCAGCUUUCAGUCUGCGACCUUAAAAGAUUUCCCUACUUGAAUAUCAUCUUGAUAGUGUAUCAUAAUAAAGAAACUUGGUGAUUGAACAUGAAGUUUUAUUUUAUAUUCCACGUACUAUGUUAUCAAAGUUCGUUGUAGCUUGUUUGCCCUUUCUCGGUGGUGACAGACAGCAAUUUUCCACUGGUAACCUUGGCAGUCUUGGAAGCCAACGCAAACAAAUGA